GGACUCUUAUCUUUGAAACGCAACCAGUUCGACUCAUAUAAUGGCAGCUCAGCUUUCCGGUGGGCUGGCCCCAUUGUUGGUGGAAAGAAUUUCAAACGGAAUGAGUGCUCGAAAAUAAGCAGCACUUUGGACGUUGACUCUGAAGAUUUUGAUUGGGUAGAAUUGGAAUCUGAUCUUAAUUAUUGGACGAAAGCAAUACGCCCAGUUCAGUGGUAUCCUGGUCACAUUGCCAAAACUGAAAAGGAGCUCAAGGACCAGCUAAAAUUGAUGGAUGUUGUGAUUGAAGUUCGAGACGCUAGGAUACCGAUGUCCACUACCCAUCCGCUGAUGGAUUUGUGGCUGGGAAAUAGGAAGAGGAUUAUUGUUUUAAAUCGCGAAGACAUGAUUUCUAUAGCUGACCGAAAUGCUUGGGCUAGCUACUAUGCCAGGCUGGGAACAAAAGUGGUUUUCUCAAAUGGACAACUGGGAAUGGGGACCAUGAAGCUAAGCAGGUUAGCCAAGGAAUUGGCAGGUGAUGUAAACAUCAAGCGCAAAUCCAGAGGAUUGCUUCCUCGUCCUCGUCGAAUGUGUCCCGCAGCUCCAAGACCAGGUGUCACAAGAGAGCUAAAGUGGAUUCGUUUCGGGACAGACUUAGAAUUGCUGGAUUCUCCUGGGAUAAUCCCGAUGAGGAUCAAUGAUCAGUCUGCAGCUAUUAAACUUGCCAUAUGUGACGACAUUGGCGAGAGAGCGUAUGAUUUUUCUGAUGUAGCAGGGAUUCUUGUGCAGAUUUUGGCACGGCUUCCGGCAGUCGGUAAUCAAGCUCUUCAACGCCGCUACAAGAUUGAUACUGAUGGUCAGAUUGGGAAAAUAUUUGUUCAGAAGCUCGCUCUUCGACUAUUCAAUGGGGACACUCACCAAGCAGCAUUUCGUAUCUUGUCGGAUUUUCGUAAAGGAAAAUUCGGUUGGGUAGCCAUAGAGAGGCCUCCUAAAGUAUAGUACCAGAUAUACUUCGAAUUUACAAUGUUAUAAAUGAUAUGUUACUUUUUCUAGUUUAUGUGAUGUAUAAUAUAAUAUAAUAUGAAGCAUGUAUUUAUAUUUUUGCAUGUCUGUGGCUCAUUUGGAUACACGAGUCCUAAUUUGAACCCACUCACUUACAAAACGAGUUCAAGUCUGCUGGGUCUUGAAGAAGCCUUUUGGGGUACAAUACAAAUGUGUAUCACGCCUAAGAUUGAAAAAAAUUG